CUGUUGUUUUUCCUUUGGUUAAUAAAUGUACAUGAUCUUUGAGUGUAACAUUAAGAUAUGUGUAUUAUCUAGCAAUGUAUUUUUCUUUCUGUUAUAUUUCAGUUACAAAAAUCCACUUAUAAGAUUAGGGGUGCUCUCCCACUACAGCACCCCUACACUCCAUUUUUGAAUGAUGCUUUAUUUAGGAGAUAUUCAAAGCACAGUGUUAUUGUUUUCUUACCGAACCUUAUGCUUCUCCACAACUUUAUCUCUGACCGGUCUGCUGUGUUCUUUUGUCUUUAUGACACUAAAAUGUCUCACGAUUAGGCCUUGCUUUGUGUGGUUCAGUCACAUAAAACCCUAACGAAAUAAAUAGAGGUUUGUGGCUGCAACUUGACAAAAUGUGAAAACGUCCAAGGGUGGGAAUAUUUUUUUGCAAGGCACUGUAAGUAACAGCCAUUAUCCAUAUUUAAUAAUAAUAUUUUGUAGAUGCAAGUACAUUUAUAAAACCUCUUAGGAUAAGAAUUAAAAAUUAAACCAAAAUAAUAUUUAAAAAUCAACGUCUUGUAUUUCGGAACGGCCGUGCAGACUGAACAAGAUGGAAAUAGUUUUGUUUGCACCGACUCAGGGUGUCUUUGAAGCUCACAUGGCAUUUGACAGCGUGUGUGUUCCUCAUGGGAUCCUGUCUGAGGCCCAUCGCCCGGUAACCUCUCUCCCCGUUUUGAAAUUAGCUCCUAAGACAUCCAGAGUUUAGUGUGCAAAUCUUGUUCUACUUUUAGAGGGGGGUUCUGCCCGUCUGCAGUGGUCUCACCUCCUAGCACAAACGUCACGGCAGAAGAAGAGACGUCCCCCUCACCCCACCAGACCCUCAGCCUGCCGACUAUAGUACUAUUAUAGUUCAAGCAAAGGCUAAUUGUUGGUCAUUUACAAAGGCUGCACAGUCCAAGCCUUCGGAUGGCAUUUCUGCCUCUCUCUACUGGGAGACGAUGUUACCGAUUGUGGGUUUCACACUCCUCUGCCUCUGCUGCUGGGCAUCUUUCUACUUCAUCUUGUGCUUCUUCAAUGGACAUAGGAGCUACGAGUGGAACUGUCGCCUCGUCACCCUGAUGCACGGCAUGGUGGCGAUUUGCAUCACGGCUUACGUAGGGUAUGUGGAUGGACCCUGGCCAUUCAAGGAGCCAGGCACCAAGAACACCCCCUUACAAAUAAGUGCCUUGGUGAUCAGUCUGGGCUACUUCCUUUUUGACAUGGCCUGGUGCUUGUACUUCCACACCGAGGGACUAGUCAUGCUGGCCCACCACACCAUGACAAUUCUGGGAAUUAUAAUGACCCUGUGGCUGGGCGAGUCUGGAAUCGAAUCGUGCGCCGUUCUCUUCGGCAGCGAAAUCACCAACCCCCUCCUGCAGACGCGCUGGUUCCUCAAGCAGACGGGACGCUACGAGACUCCGCUCGGGGACGCUGUGGACGUCCUGUUUGUGCUGCUGUUUGUUGUGAUGCGAAUCUUUGUGGGAGGUACAAUGCUGUACUGUGAGCUGAUCUCGCCGAGACCCUUAUUCCUCAUCAAGUGCGGAGGAGUGGCCAUGUACGCUCUGUCCUGGGCCUUCAUGGUGGACAUUGUUGGCUUUGUAAUGCGGAGGAGCAAGAGAUGGCACCAGGAGAGAAACCAACGGCGGAGGGCUGCAGCUAAGAAGGACUGACAGGCGUUUCGGCCUCUGGACGAAAUCAGUUUACCUGACUUUACAUCAGCUUUUCACUUCAGACACUCAGUGGAUUUUUUUUUUUUCAGUCUACAGGAAAAUCAGCUUUCUGCAUUGACAGAUUUAUAAAAAAGUUUGUUUUUUGUUUGUUUGUGUAAAUGGAAUGCACUAUGCCAUCUUUUUUGAAAAGUCUACCAUGUGUGCAUUUAAAAAAAUAUAUAUUUUAGUUUAUAUGCACCUGAUGAUUGUUAUUUCAAAGGUACAAACAACAUGUCUAUAAGGAGGACUGAAAACCAAAGCACUUUUAUAAAAACACAUGUUGCUUUCAGCUGCUGUGAACUGUGGCCCAGUCUUUUGUGGUGGUGCUGUUCCAAAAAGGGAGUUUACAAUUUAGAAAGUGAGACAGUCAGACCUCGGGUGGCUGUUGAACAGUUUUUCGUCAGACAAAAACAUUAAGACAGCUUUCUGUGCUUUCUUUCAGUUGUUUUUUGUUGUUGUUGUUGUUGUUUGUUUGUUUUUUUUGUUUGCUCUUAGAGAAACACAGUGCUUAUUUGAAAACACAAUACAGUUUGGGACAUUGUUUUCCACUCGCGUUGUGAAUGUGCUAAUGUGAUAGAUCUACACAAAAUCCUGCAACGUUGUAUUUCAUUUCCUGUCUCUGUGAGCUAAAAUGAUCCUGAAUUACUUAUUAACAUUUUACCUUUAUUUUUUGUAUCAAAGCCUCAUUUAAUUGUAAUAGAGUAAAAACAAAAUGCCUGGUGUAACUAGUUUAGAGAAAAAGUAUUUGGUACUAGAACCAUUAUAUUCAGAUAACUGACAUUCACUGAGUGUUUAUGUGAUUGUUGAGAAAGUCUCUUCAGUCUUUGUUGACAGCAGAAAUGACCCUUAUUGCAAAUUAUUUGUCUGGAUUUUGAUAUUUUUUUUAAGGCACUGAUGCACUUUUUUAACAUCCCUACUCUGUUUGCUGAAUCUUUGGAACAAACAGGCUCAGUCAGCCAAAAUGUUGGAGAUCAGGUUUGAGUUUACAGCAUCAAUCCGUGCCAAGGAAGGUACCAAGCCAUCAGCUUUCAUGUUUGCUGACACAAUAUCUUUGUCAUGAGGCAUAUAAUCAUUUGUUUUUAAAGAGAAGAAAGUACAAAAAUAAGUUAUCUGUGCCUUAUCUAAAAUGUACUUACCCCCCUUUGUAUGUUAUGUUUUUCUUUUCUUGUGCUGUGAUCUAAAUGCUCUAACACUAGACUGUAAAGUGAAAACAUUGACGAUGGAUUUAUUUGUCUUUGUAAUUCCCGAUUGAAAUAAUAAUUAAAAAAAAUCUUUGUGUAUGUUUUCCACAUCAAAA